AUGGUGAAUGAAGUCCUAGUUGGCUUCUUCUCAAGCUCGAACGGGCUACGCCAAAGGGACCCCAUUUCCUCCUAUCUCUUUGUCAUGGGGAUGGAAGUGCUGAGUGUUCUAAUUAGAAGGGCUGUGGAAAGGGGAUUUAUCUCAAGGUGUAAAAUUCAGCAUGGUAGAGGGCGGACUGUCCACAUUGCACACUUGCUCUUUGCCGAUGACACAAUCAUUUUUUGUGAGGCAAAAAAUGAGCAUUUAAGUAACUUGAGUUGGAUUCUAUUUUGGUUUGAAGCCGCUUCAAGGUUAAGAAUUAAUUUGGCUAAAAGCGAGAUCAUUCUGAUAGAGGAGAUGGAAGAGGUGGAUGAGAUGGUAGUGGAGUUAGGGUGUAAGGUGGGGCAGCUGCCUGCAAUUUACUUGAGACUACCUCUGGGGGCGCCAAAUAAGACCAUCUCUGGGUGGGAUGGGGUAGAAGAGAAAGUGAGGAGGAGACUUGCCAUUUGGAAAAAACAAUAUAUUUCAAAGGGUGGGAGAAUCACUCUUAUAAAGAGCACAAUGGCAAGCAUGUCAGUGUAUCAAAUGUCUUUCUUUCGCAUGCCCAAUUAUGUGACAAGGAGACUAGAAAAACUACAAAGAGAUUUUUUGUGGGGAGGGAAAAAUCUGGAUAAGAAAGCUCAUCUUGUUAAAUGGGAGGUGGUGUGUGGGGAUAAGGAGAAAGGGGGGCUUGGAAUGAGGAAGCUAACCCUUUUGAAUAAAGUUUUACUUGGCAAAUGGAUUUUGAGAUUUGCUUGUGAUAAGGAGGCUCUUUGGAAGCAAGUGUUUUUGGCGAAGCAUGGUCAAGAGGACUUUGGUUGGAGGACUAAAAAGGUUGUGGGUGUGUUUGGGGUGGGGGUUUGGAAAGAGAUUUUAAAGGAAGCUAGAUGGUGCUGGGAAAACUUGGCGUUCAAAGUGGGGAAAGACAAUAAAAUUAGGUUUUGGACUGACCUUUGGUGUGGGGAUAUAACGCUGUCCCAAAGAUUCUCGCAUCUCUUCAAUUUGGCAGCUCAUAGGAAUGCAACAAUAGAAGAAAUGUGGGACCAGAAUUUUGGAGAAGGAUGA